UCCGGGCUGCCGUAAUGUCGGUCCGGUGCCCAUAAUAUGCCGCAUUUAAGCAAUGCACGAGGUGUUAGGUCGGAAGAACACUCCAGCGUUCCCACUCCCACUCUCCGUCGUCUUUUCUCUUCUCUUGCGCUCUCCAACUCUUGCCACGAUGAUGACUCCGACGUCCGAGAAUGAAAAACCUGCCCCGACGAAGGCGAGGCGGUUCCAGGCGCACUCGCUCAAGGUCGGGAACCGACUCACGAAUGCGUCGAAUUUGACGCUCAGGGAGACGCUUUGGCCGCUCUUCCUGGUUACGAUUCUGUACUUCCUCUGGGGAUUCGCGUACGGCCUGCUCGACACCCUCAACAAGCACUUCCAGAACACCCUCAACAUCACCCGCACGCGCUCAUCAGGUCUCCAAGCGGCCUACUUCGGUGCCUACCCGCUCGCGUCGCUGGGCUACGGCAACUGGGUCCUGCGCAACUACGGCUACCGUGCCGUCUUCAUCCUCGGACUGGUGCUCGAGGGUAUCGGUGCGCUCCUGAUGUGGCCCGCGGCGCUCAAGCGCAGUUUCGGUGGAUUUUGUGGAGCGACGUUUAUCAUUGGGAGUGGGCUCGGGUGUCUGGAGACUGCGGCAAACCCGUACAUGGCUGUGACUGGACCACCUAAAUACGCCGAAAUCCGAAUCAACAUCGCCCAGGCCGUACAGGCCAUCGGAACAGUCAUCGGCCCCGUGCUGGGAUCAUAUGUAUUCUUCAAGCAGAGGGUGAUUCGGUCAACUCGCUCAAGACGGUGCAGUGGGUGUACCUCGCGAUUGCGAUCUUCGUGUUCUUCCUCGCGGUCGUGUUCUUCUUCUCGGUUAUUCCCGAAGUCACAGGUCGACACGGACAUGGCGGAACAAGCGGGGAGAACCCACGCAGGCGAAGACGCGGGCGAUAAACCAUUCCGGAAGCAGUACAAGGUAUUCUUCGCUGGAUUCGCUCAAUUCUGCUACACUGGCGCGCAAGUCGCCAUCGCGUCCUACUUCAUCAACUACAUCACGGAAACACGC